AUGGUUCAUCAGACUAAUUUAUACGCGACUCAAGUAUUAUGUGAUAAAGAAAACGUUAUCAUUUAUUCUAGGCUGCACAAAUGGUUUCCAACUGAUCAAAAUGAAAUGCUAAAAUUUAUUGGAAUUUUAGCAUAUAUGGGUAUGGUUCGGAUGCCAUCCUUGGAGAAAUAUUGGAGCACAGAUUGUCUCUACAAAAUGGCCUGUAUUUCGAAGAUAAUGUCGAGAAACAGAUUCCAAUUACUUCUCAGGAUGUGGCAUUUCUCUGAUAAUGAAACUUGUACAGUGGGGGAUAGAUUACAUAAAAUAAAACCUCUACUAGACAGAUUGGUGAAAAAUUUUCAAAGUGUGUACACUCCUGGUAGAAUAUUCUGUAUCGAUGAAUCAGUUGUUCCCUUCCAAGGUCGUCUCCUAAUGAAGCAGUAUAUACCAAAUAAAACGCAUAAAUAUGGCGUAAAAUUGUUCAAACUAUGCUGUGAGAAUGGAUACACAUGGAAUAUUCGAAUUUAUGCUGGCAAGGAAAAAGAAGGUAAUGCAUCUGUACCAACCAAUGUCGUGCUGAAUUUGUCCGAAAAUCUACUCGACACAGGCAGAACUAUAGUGGCUGAUAACUACUAUACUAGCCUUGAGCUGGCUAAUGUACUGCUAGACCGCAAAACUCACUAUAUUGGUAUAUUGAGGGCUAAUCGUCGCAGCAACCCGAAAGAAGUGAUUCAAAAAAAACUGAAAAAAGGUGAGGUUUUUGGUUUGGAAAAUGAAAAAGGUAUAUGUGUUUUGAAGUGGAAAGAUAAAAGAGACGUUCUUGUCCUAUCCACAAAACAUACAACUGAAACCGUCGAUAUUCAGGGUCGUAAUGGUACAAGGACAAAACCACGAGCCAUUGUGGAAUACAAUGAAGCAAAAUCUUCAAUUGACCAAUCUGAUCAAAUGGCAACUUAUCACUCACCACUGAGAAAAUCUCUGAAGUGGUACAGAAAACUUGGGAUUGAGUUCCUUCUGGGAACAGCUCUUGUGAAUUCUCAUAUAGUAUUCAACCAAUUGUCUGACAAAAAAAUGAAAAUUACAGAGUUCAGGGAGAACCUCAUAAGGUCCCUAUUAUUUCCAGAGGAGGGAGACAAACCUGACAAACCUGCCAAAGAUCUAGAGAAAUUACAUACCUUACUGAAAAAGCAAGGUCCAUAUGAUAAAAUGAGGAAAUAUUGUAAAGGCUGUUACUCUAAAAAACUGCGAGGUGAAAUCACAAAAAAUCGAGUGAAAAAAGUAAUCACCUACUGUGAAUCCUGUGAAAAUCAACCACAUUACUGUAUCGAGUGUUUCCAUGAUGUUCACACGAAAUAA